UUGGGCAACAGGCGGCAAUCUACCCCUGGGCAGGGGUCUCGGGCAACAGGUGGCAACCUACCACUGGGCAGGGGCCUCGGGCAACAGGCGGCAACCUACCACUGGGCAGGGGCCUCGGGCAACAGGCGGCAAUCUCCCCCUGGGCAGGGUUCUCGGGCAACAGGAGGCAACCUACCACUGGGCAGGGGCCUCGGGCAACAGGCGGCAACCUACCACUGGGCAGGGGCCUUGGGCAACAGGCGGCAAUCUACCCCUGGGCAGGGGUCUCGGGCAACAGGUGGCAACCUACCCUGGGCAGGGGCUCGGGCAACAGGCUGCAAACCUACCACUGGGCAGGGGCCUCGGGGACUCAACGCGACUCUAGCUGGUCAUUGGGUUCACGGGGACUCAACGGGUAGCGAUGGCUCAAGCACUCAGGGGCACCACAGGACACGGGUGGUCCGCGCACACACAGCGGGGCAGUUUGGAACACGGGUGGUUGGUGCACACAGCGGGGACAGUUCAGAACACGGGCGGUCGGUGCACACAGCGCGGACAGUUCAGGACACAGGUAGUCAGUGCGCACAACAGGGACAGUUCAGGACACGGGUGGUCGGUGCACACAGCGGGGGACAGUUCAGAACACGGGUGGUCGGUGCACACAGUGGGGACACUCAGCAGCAGACAGCUUCCAGGGACACGCAGCCACGGACAGUGUGCAGGGUCCCUCAGCAGCAGCUCCCAGGGCACAGCAGCAGACAGGGUGCAAGGGUGCCCAGUAGACAGGCUUACAGACUGGCAGGGUCUCAGCUGUGGGGUCUGACCUUUGAGGAGGAAGCUCAUGCAGAGCUGUGGAGACUCCCAACCCUGGGGUAUUGCAGAGGGCUACAGUCCUGACCUUUUGGGGGUCUGCAGAGUGCGCAGGGGCGGUGGCUGGGGAGGCUCGGUCCCCCUCACCCGAGCCUCCAAGCAUCUUUCUGGGAGCAAGAUGAUUCCAGCAGCAUGGACAGGAACAGAGAGAGGAGGGCUGCUUCCUGUGCGGGUCUUUUGAAGACCAUGUGG